AUGACCAUUCUCAAGAAUCUAGCUGUUUUCCUUACGGCUCUAUCAGCCUUUGCGGAUGUCUCUGUAGGCACGCCCGUAGCCGCUCCUUUGGCUGAAUCUCUCCCUCGAGCUACGUGUACCAACCCUGUUCUACGCAAAGAAUGGAGUGCUGCUACAGCUGCAGAGCGGUCUUCCUACAUCAGCGCCGUGCUCUGCCUGGCUACGAAGCCAUCUCGAAUCAAUCUUAGUACUACUCUGUAUGACGACUUCGUGUAUGUCCACAAUAGUUUGACCGAUCGCAUUCAUGGUGUUGCUCAAUUCUUACCAUGGCACCGCUAUUUCAUUCACGUGUACGAACAGGCAUUAAAAGAUUGUGGAUAUACAGGAGUUGCAAUGUACUGGAACUGGGCAGCCGAUAGUGCGGCACCUUCUGCAGCCAAAGUCUGGAGCCCCGUGGACGGAUUUGGCGGCAAUGGCAACCAGAGCACCCCCGACGUUCCCUUCAGCAAAUGUGUUACAGACGGUCCCUUCACGGGACUCACACUAGCGUACUACAACACUGAAGUCCGGCCGCAUUGCCUUAUGCGAGAUUUCCAACCCGCACACCCCGAGGCCGGCCUUCAAGAUAUGAUUGGGUUCCAAUUUACGCCUGAAAUCGUGGCUGAGGUUAGUGCUUACCCGGACUUUUCCUCCUUCCACGGUGCGCUUGAGAGCAGGCCACAUGCUGUCGUCCAUGCGGGGGUUUCUGGCGAUAUGGGGCCUGCGACGUCUCCUAAUGACCCUAUCUUCUUCCUUCAUCACACAAUGGUCGACCGCAUCUGGUGGUUAUGGCAGCAACAAAACCCUUCAGUUAGAACAAAUGACUUUUCUGGGACAGAAUAUGCAGGUGUUGCCGCUACGUUGGAUGAUCUUAUGCCAAUGAUGGGGAUUGCGACAGAUCGAAAGGUUGGAGACUUUAUGUCUACGUCAACGACAGAUUUAUGCUACAAGUAUUGA